AUUUUGAAAGGUGAUUGUCGUCACAUGAGACGUAGCACGCUGCAGCCUCUUGACUUAAUAUGUGGAGAGUAGCAAUGUCGGAGGAGGUAGGCAAGGCGCUACAGUCCGUGGUGGAGCGAGUGAACCAGGCGGCGUCACGGCGGCCCAAGACAUUACCAGAUGUGCCGCCCCGCCUGGUCGCAGUCAGCAAAACCAAACCUCCAGAGAUGGUGGUGGAAGCUUACAGACAAGGACAGCGUAACUUUGGGGAAAAUUAUGUUAAUGAACUUCUGGACAAAGCUUCAGAUCCUGCGAUUUUAGAAUCAUGCCCAGAAAUCAAGUGGCAUUUCAUCGGUCAUCUACAGAAGAAUAAUGUCAACAAACUUUUGGGCGUGCCCAACUUGUUCCUGGUGGAGACGGUUGAUUCGGCCAAACUAGCCGAUAAGGUCAACAGCUCUUGGCAACGCAUCAGAGGAGCGAGCACACAGAGGUUAAAGAUCAUGGUGCAGCUCAACACCAGCGGCGAACAGAGUAAACACGGCCUCCCACCAGAGGAGACCGUCGACACUGUGAAGCACAUCAUGUCUAAAUGCUCCGCCCUGCAGUUCUCAGGACUUAUGACCAUUGGGCGCUACGGCUACAACCUCACCCUGGGCCCAAAUCCAGACUUCCAGAUGCUUCUGACUCAGCGGCAGGAGGUUUGUGAUAGUCUGAAGCUGCCGCUGCAGGAGGUGGAGCUAAGCAUGGGUAUGUCCACAGACUUCGAACAUGCGAUCGAGGUGGGGUCCACUAACGUGCGCGUGGGAAGCAUCAUCUUCGGCAAUAGGGAAUAUCCCAACAGCGCAGCAAACACUCCAGUUCCCAGUCCCGCUCCCAGCCCUGAGAAAACCUCCAAACUGGUGUCAGAAGAGGCCGCCAAGAAAAUGCAGCACCUCACAGUAUCUGAACACUAACAACUCUCAUCUGCUACAUUUGUAAGAGAAAUAAUGAAACUUUUCAUCUUGUGAAAGUAACAGCGGUACAGAAGACUCCUCACACAAGUGGAAUCAUUUUUUUUUUUUGGAGGGGGGGGAUUUUAGUCACUAAAAAAAUAGUUCCAUUUAACAGGUGUUGCUAACAUUUGGUACUUUGAGCUGUGCUACAAGAUAGACCAACCUGCUAAAAUCCUGUUGAUUUCAGGUAAUUUGUCACGUUGUACUUUUUUUUUUUAUCAGUCUAACCCAACGUGCUUGACUGUCUCACGUCAACGUACCUUUUUGUUGUGCAGGUGAAACAAAUACUUGAUUUAAUAAAUCACUUAGCGUUUAUGAGGACUUUUCAUGCACUUAGUGUUUGUUUUUUGUGGCCUCCUUAGCCAAGAGUGAAUUAUAAAAUAUAUAUAUAUAUAUAUAUAUACAUGAAAGGCAGUCUAUGCUAAAUUGGAUUUCUGCAAGUCUCCACAAAAAAUGUCAUAGACUUUCAAUAUUUAGAUUCUUGCUCUGAACUGUAAAAUACCUAGAGUUGCUGGGUAUGAUGUAGUGACUUGAAAAAAAUGGAAGCAAUUGUCUUUACUAAGCUCAGGGAGGUGACAUCCACACAACAUCAAUGCUGGAACAUUUUAUGGCAAUUCCACAUUUCUUCAUGAAGAUAAUGUCUGACAGUAGUGCAUCAAGAAGCGGACAUUUUAACAAAAUAAGAGAAAAAUCUCAAAAUCAACAACCCAUACAUGCAUGACUGAAGCCUUCAGUAUUAAACUGGAUGAACUGUACUUGUAUACAGAAUAUGGUCACAUUCCAAUAAUAAAUAAAUCCUGGCACCCAAACAUCCAUGUUUAAAGCCCCUUAUAUCACAUCGCGAAAAACCUCAUGAACACCAAGUAAAUGAAUGCUAGCUACAAUAAAGCAAUACAAUAAGAAAAAUCUCACAGUUCUUUGACAUUUAUAAACAUUGUUACAAUAUUGGAAAAAAAUCUCCAAUGUUCUUGCAACUACAAGAAUCACGGGGUGUGGCUGUGUGUGAACAAACAUUCUAUAAAAUUAUAAACUUAUCAUUCAUUUAGUGUCUAAAUAAGGGACGAUGUGUUGGCAAUGGUGAAGCCAAUGGUUACCAGAGACGAAACCCCACUCGAAAUGAAAGAUGGGUGUCAUUGUGUUGCGUAUCUGCUGCUGUACAACCAAAAGAUGUGCACGGAUGUCAGGCAAAUACAACAAACGAGAAAGGCAACUGGGAUGUUGUACU